AUGAUACCACCUCUCUCAGUUGCUCCUCGGUUUCCGGACUGCGUGGACUAGCAGAAAAUGCGUACUGUAACUAUAUGGACCGUUUUCGUGUUAGCGUAUUCGAACAGCCCAUUCGUGUUCGGUAUACGAUACAUCGAUCCGAUCUCAGCGCAAUCAGGGAACUCCGACAUUACCGAGAAACGCGUUGACCUGACCGAACCGACAUGCGAGGAACUGAGGGCGAUGUGGAGGUACACCAAACGACAGAGCAGGGCUGCUGAGACCACCCCUGGUUACUCUCUUUAUCCUGAUCCGUUUGCUUACAACAUGUGGAAGUCUUACUCCGAUCGUACCAAGCCUCCUCUUGGUUAUCGAGGAAGAUUUACUGGGAGACCUCGAAAUCGUGCUGGAGGUAGCGCUCCUAUUUACGGAAGAAUGGUGCACAAAGCACCAGCAGGAAGUAGAUUAAGAAACGGGAUGCGACACUCUUUGCGGCCAUACGAUAAAAUUCCUCAUUUAUACGGCACGAUUAAUUCUUAUCCACCAUCGUCGAGGCGACGCGUCACCAGUUUCCGUGCAGUGGGUGGUGGUUCUCCUCCUCUGUCUCAGGUUCCUCAGGCUGGCAGUUUUCAACGUCUCAAGGAACUGCUUCGAGCUGAACGGGCCCGCGAACUACAGGAGCAAUAUCAGGCAAAUCAAUUGACGGAUAAACCAUCCAUCUUUAAGGACGUUAGGGACAACGAUCAAUUAUUACAUAUGCAACAUUCUCGAAAGCAAUUCGUGAAACCGACAGUACGAAAUCCGACGGAAAUUAAUUACGACAUGGGUCAGACACGAUACACGUCGAAUGUGCCCAACAUUGGACAAGCUUGGUUGAGAAGCGAACCUCAGUCUCAAGAGUUCAUGUUGCAUUAAUAUCUCAACGAACUGGCCGAUAUCUGGUUGAUUAAGAAAAGGCUAAGGUCGAU